AUGCUUUCAUUCGUGCUUCUUCUCAUUAGUUCCACUACCUUCUAUGGAUCAUGCCAACUAUUAUCUGGGAGAGGAGGAGAUGUGGGUCCACAAAUUCUAUCAGAGAUUAAAGAAACCAAUCUUGUGUUGAAGGAGGUCCGGAAUCUCCUGAAGCAACAGGUUAAAGAAAUAACAUUUUUGAAAAAUACCGUCAUGGAAUGUGAUGCUUGUGGCAUACACCCCAGUGCCACCGGCCAAGGAAUCACAGUUACAGCUUAUCAAAACCGCUGUAUCCCAAAUCCCUGUUUCAGUGGGGUCACUUGCACAGAGACAGCCACUGGUUUCCGCUGUGGCCCUUGUCCACCUGGCUAUACAGGAAAUGGAUCACAUUGCACUGAUAUCAAUGAAUGCACAGCAAAUCCCUGUUUUCCUCGGGUUCGGUGCAUCAACACCUCUCCUGGCUUCCAUUGUGACCCUUGCCCUAUUGGUUAUAUUGGAAAGAGGGUCGAAGGAAUUGGGCUGAAUUUUGCCAGAGCUAAUAAGCAGGUGUGUGAUGACAUAAAUGAAUGUGAAAACAGGAACAGCCCAUGUCCUGCUAACACUGUUUGUAUCAACACCAAGGGGUCAUAUAAAUGCAGCCCUUGCAAAGCAGGGGGGAAAGAUCACGAAGCAUGCAAAACAGAAAGAAGGUGUCCUAAUGGGGAGAUAAGCAAGUGCCAUGAGAAAGCAGACUGUAUCAUGGAACGGGAUGGGACCGUCGCAUGUGUGUGUAUGGUAGGAUGGGCAGGGAAUGGAUUCUUCUGUGCAAAGGACACAGACAUUGAUGGAUUUCCUGAUGAAAAGCUUAGAUGUUCCGACUUACAGUGUAAAAAGGACAACUGUGUCACAGUUCCGAAUUCGGGUCAGGAAGAUGCAGACAAAGAUGGCAUUGGGGAUGCAUGCGAUGACGAUGCUGAUGGAGAUGGUAUUACAAAUAUGCAGGACAACUGUGUAUAUAUCCCUAACGUGGACCAGAAAAAUACUGACCAGGACAACUUUGGAGAUGCCUGUGAUAACUGCCGCAAUGUCAAGAAUGAUGACCAGAGAGACACUGAUCGAGAUGGCAAAGGAGAUGUUUGUGAUGAUGACAUGGAUGGCGACAGAAUUAAAAAUACUGUGGACAACUGCAAGAAAGUCCCCAAUCCUGAUCAAAAGGAUAGCGACGGUGAUGGUGUAGGAGAUGUUUGUGACAGCUGUCCCAACAUUAGGAAUCCAGACCAGUCAGAUGCUGACAGUGAUUUAGUUGGGGAUCAGUGUGAUACCAACCAAGAUAGAGAUGGAGAUGGUCACCAAGACAGUAGAGAUAACUGCCCAUCAGACAUUAAUAGUUCCCAGCUGGACACUGACAAGGAUGGCAAAGGAGAUGAGUGUGACGAUGAUGACGACAAUGAUGGAAUUCCUGAUAUUUCUCCUCCUGGGCCUGAUAACUGCCGACUGGUUCCUAAUCCAGAUCAGGCAGAUUCAGAUGGCAAUGGCAUUGGAAAUGCUUGCGAAGGUGACUUUGAUAGAGACUUGGUGAUCGACACAGUUGAUGCUUGCCCAGAAAAUGCCGAAGUCACUCUCACAGACUUCAGAGCUUACCAAACAGUUGUUUUAGAUCCAGAGGGUGAUGCUCAAAUUGAUCCAAAUUGGAUUGUUUUGAAUGAGGGGAUGGAAAUUGUCCAAACGAUGAACAGUGACCCAGGACUUGCUGUUGGUUACAUUGCAUUCAACGGAGUGGACUUUGAGGGGACCUUCCACGUUAACACAGAAACAGAUGAUGAUUAUGCUGGGUUCAUAUUUGGUUACCAGGAUAGUUCUAGUUUCUACGUUGUCAUGUGGAAACAAAUGGAGCAAACAUAUUGGCAGGCAAACCCAUUCAGAGCUGUGGCUGAACCUGGAAUCCAACUUAAGGCAGUAAAAUCAACAAGUGGGCCAGGAGAGCAGCUUAGGAAUUCUCUGUGGCAUACAGGGGACUCAGUCAACCAAGUCAGACUGCUGUGGAAGGAUCCCAGGAAUGCAGGCUGGAAAGAUAAGACGUCUUACAGAUGGUUUUUACAACACAGACCUUCAGUGGGAUACAUCAGGGUGAAGUUUUUUGAGGGUUCAGAACUGGUGGCAGAUUCUGGAGUCAUCCUGGAUACCACAAUGAGAGGAGGACGUCUUGGAGUGUUCUGUUUCUCUCAAGAGAACAUUAUCUGGUCUAACCUAAGAUACCGCUGUAAUGAUACAAUUCCUAAUGAUUAUGAAACAUUUAGAGAACAGAAGAUCAAAGCCUAAAGCUUCAACAUGUUGUACACCACUUACUGUUUUGCUGAGUUGUCUUUUUUAUGUAAAUAUGGGCAAACUCGUAUAGCUUCUCUGUAGACUCUGCAUGUCAACACGUAUGAAAAAUGAAUGAAAAUA